CGUUGAUGGUAAAAUGUAAUUUUCUUACCAUGCAAUAUCGUUGCCAGUUAAAACACUGAAAGGAUCAGUGUAUGUACCUGGACUGGAUUCUGUAAUAUAUUCUGACACAAAGCAUAUUCCCCAUAAAACGGGACUGUUAGAUCAUGGUUCUUAAGAUUGAAACAUGUCUGAUUGAGUGUCAUUUGUUUGGUGGGACGAAAGAUAAUUGUAUCUCCGAUGUAUAUCCUCUAUAUGAAACCACCUGUGUUAAGGACCUUUAUAUUCACGUUGAAAAGCAUUAUCAAUUGCCACCAGACAGCUUUAAGCUGUAUUUAGUAUCAACAGGAAAACAGACUGAUUUAUGUGGAAUGAAAGAUAAACUUAUGUCAGAAAUCGGUGUAGAUUUUUCUGACAAAAUAUACAAAAUGAAAAAUAAAUGCACAGUCUUAGUUGUGAAUACGAUAGAUACUUUAACACAAAAAGAAACUGAAUAUGAUGUAUCUACGGAUAAUUCGCCACCAGUAUCUCCUCAGCAUACAAUACUUUGGGGAGAAGAUGAUAAUGAUGAUUUCAAAUGUUUUAUCAAACCCAAAACAGGUUACGUUGGUUUAGUAAACCAGGCAAUGACAUGUUAUUUGAACAGUUUGCUCCAAGCAUUAUACAUGACCCCUGAAUUUCGAAAUGCGUUAUACAAUUGGGAAUAUGCAAGUGGAGCAGAAACAGAUGAAGCUAAUAGUAUUCCAUAUCAAUUACAAAAAUUAUUCUUAAACCUGCAGACAUCGUCAAAAUCGGCUGUGGAAACGACAGCGUUAACAAAAAGUUUUGGUUGGAAUUCUACAGAAGCUUGGCAACAACAUGACAUUCAAGAACUUUGUAGGGUGAUGUUCGAAGCAUUAGAACAGAAAUUUAAAAAUACAGAACAAGCUGACUUGAUCAACAGAUUUUAUGAAGGAAAGAUGAUUGAUUAUGUGAAGUGUCUGGAAUGUGGAACCGAGAAAUCUAGAGAAGAUACUUUUCUUGAUAUACCGCUACCAGUAAGACCGUUCGAUAGUAACGUGGCGUACAAUACUGUUGAAGCAGCCUUAAAAGCGUUUGUUCAGUAUGAAACAUUAGAAGGAAGUAAUCAGUAUCAUUGUGAGAAAUGUAAUAAAAAAUGUGAUGCACACAAAGGAUUAAAGUUCACAAAAUUUCCAUAUCUUUUGACAUUGCAUCUAAAACGAUUUGAUUUUGAUUUCAAAACUUUUCACCGAGUUAAACUUAACGAUAAGGUCACAUUUCCAAAUAUAUUAAACUUAAAUCCUUUCAUAUUAUCUACGACAAAUCAGGAAUUUUCAGUUAGCGAGGAAACCGUUAGUUCAGUAAAAUGCGAUGAUAGCUCAACAACAGACAGUGGAACUUUGGAUCAUGAUUUUAAUCUGUGUGAAUAUAGUCUUCCUAAUAGCAAUUGUUCAAGAAAUCAUGAUCUAGAUGAUGAUGACGAAGGUGUAGACGUGUUAAUUAAUGAUUCGUCAACAUCAAACUGCACCGAGCAUAAUCAUGAAAAUGAAAAAAAUCGUAGUAGUGAUGCUGUAAAGGGCCCUUAUAAUUAUGAGUUGUUUUCUAUUAUGAUUCACAGCGGUAGUGCUAGCGGUGGUCACUACUACGCUUAUAUAAAAGACUUCAGAACGCAAGAAUGGCUGUGUUUCAACGAUCAAAAUGUCACACAGAUCACAAAUGACGAUAUUCAAAAAACAUAUGGCGGUGGUCCAACUAGGUCAUACUACAGUGGAGCAUGUAGUAGUACUAAUGCAUAUAUGCUGAUGUACAGACAAAUUGAUCCUUCUCGUAAUGUUUUGCCUAUGCAAGUGCAGGAUUUUCCAAACCAUAUACAGGAACUAUUAAAGAAAAUGAAAGAGAACGAGGAUAACGAUAGAAAAAAAGGCAAAGGGGAUAAAAUAUGUUUUCGAAAGAACAGAAGAUCAUACCUAGAAACAUCGUCUGACGAUUUUCUGUUGCCCAAAAGAAAGGUAAAUCGAACGAUACGUGUAGAAGUUGGCUGUAUACAUCCCUCGAUGGACAUAAUGGUAGUGGCUCCGGUUCAAAUUUUGCCCACCAUAACUUGGGCGAUGGCCACUAAACAAUGUUGGCAAACAUUAGACGUACAUGGAAUAGUGAGCUUGAACAAGUGUCGUUUAGUUUGUUACGAUGAGAGCAGGGAAUUAAUUGUGUGUAGUUACGAAGGAUUAGAAGAAAGAACUUUCAACAGUAUUUGGAACAGGACAGAGUACACUUUGUUCUUAGAUAUAAUGAACGAGAAUCAGAAGGCCGAGAAAAAUCAGCACGACGUGAUUUGUACAAACGUGUGUACUCUUGACGUGACCGAAAAGAAGAUCACAGAAGGCCCAUUCCACGUGCGGGCUUUACCCAGCCAAACUGUCGGAGAAUACAAAAGAUUGCUGAGCAGUUUAUUCGGUUUGCCUUUGAGUGAAAUGACAGUCAUUUUACGAGGACAAAAAACCCACCUAACGUUGCUGGAGUAUGAUGAUGUUAAAUUGAGCACUAUCGAUUUCAGUGAUACGAUUGAUGUGUUUGUGUCAACUAUGCGCGAUAAUGAAUGGAAAUCAUUCCUCGAGACAGCAACUUCAUGUGAAAUUAUAACAAAUUAUGGAAAUUAUGAUAAUGUUAUUACAGUGCGUAUAAAAAUACCGAAACCGAGUGAAAUAAAUAAAGAGUGGAAUAUCCCGUCGUUAGAUGUGAAAUCUAAGGAUACGGACAAACCCAUUGACGAUAGUCCAUCCAAUGUAAAUGUCAACGACUCGCAUCGUAGUACCAGCCCAAAGCGCAAUGAGGUUCUGAAAAUUGACAAGGGCAAUGAGGAUGUACCACCGAAAACGGCUAGUCCACAGUUAGGAGAAGUCGAGGAAUGGAAUACGCCAGAGCAGAGUAAUAGCGAAGACAGUAGCCUUAGUGACAGUGAUAAAACAUUAGUCGGGGACGCUCCAGAUGACGAGUUUCAAGUACCGUACUUUCAGUACACGAAGACACUUUCCGUCGACAUAUUAAAUCCAAUUUGUAUGGAACAGUGGGACUGCGACGACGACGAUAAAGAACAUUAUUUCAAAGUUACAGACAGCGAAUAUCUGAAAUUGGAAGUAGCCAGAAGGAUGAAGUACAGCACCUUCAAGAAGAAACUGGAACGGUACGUCGGUGUACCGUCGGAAUACUUUAAGAUUUUUCACAACUCCCGAGACCUCGACGAUCUCGAGUGCGAUAGCUUGCAAGAGAAGCUUGUAUUUUACAAGGAAGACCAGAUCCUUCAUGUGAAGAUCGGUCGAUUUUUCGAAUUCAAAACAGCAAUAUAUCAGUUGCGUCCCAAUCCGGACGAGAUAUACAAGUUCUUAGGAGAGUGGAUCUUUUGCAAGGAUAUGACUGUCGCCGAGGCGAAGAAAGAGAUCCUAGCGGAUAUUAAACGAAAACACGAUAUAGAUAUACCAUUCGAGAGAUGUCGAUUGAGGAAAAAAUUCACGGAACUACCGGCCACAGUGUAUGUAAAUGAUCAGAAACUCGAGGAUUUGCAACUGUAUUCAAACACGGAAAUGGUUAUACAAAAGUUACCGGAUAAGGAUCCGUUUACAAGCAGUAGUCAAGUUAUAGUACGCGUCCAAAAGUAUAUCGCUGGAAGAACGUUGUGCGGUUCGUUUCAGGAAAUCGUUGUGGAUGGAAAGUCUAUAAAAGAAAUUAGGAAAAAGUUGUCUGAAAUUUCGGAUAUUCCGGAGGAACACAUUGAGAUAGUAAAGAUAGAUAGUGAAAUGCCCGUGUUCCCUGCUUUGGAUAUUGACGAGAACACAGUCUGGUACGGGUACGAUUCAGAUGUUGAGUUUAAACUCGACAAUGAAACUGGACUACUAUAUAGGGAUAACAGGCAUAACUGGGAUUUGCCAAAACCGAUGAGGCGAGAUGAUUACAGCUUGAGAAUUCAAGAAUUUGGUCGUGCAGUGGUAAAUCAUUCAAGCCGAAAAGACACCGCACUUAGAAUACAUUUGACCACCACAGAAUGAUCGUCCACUGAACAUACACGUUCUGAUAAACAACUGUUAAAUAAGCACGCGUGGGAACAUGAA